UCGUAUUGACCCUUUGUGAGAACAUUGACAAAAUGGCCGCCCGAUUUUAUCAGCUGUAGAAGCAGACCUGUUACUAAAAUGAAAGUUUUCAACAUUAAAUGUCUCUGUAAAAUCAAUUUGUAACCAUAUAACAAUAGAUUUUAUUUAAGAAUAAGAGAAAUGGCAUUUAACGUACAGAAAAGGCCACCGUUGGGAAGUUAUUCACCUUCUCCUCGUAAGGAGGAUGGUGAUAAUAGUUGUGAGUCAGCACACCAUUCAUCUAACAAUGUUGAAGAAACGUCAGCAGGUUCUAGGGAAAAUGGAUUGAAGUUUGAUGGUUCAAGCAUGAGGCGUUACCAAACAGAUAUCAAAGUUGAUCCAGCUGACACCAAAAAGCAGAUACUGUUCAUCCUUUUGAUAUUUGUCACUGCUAUUGGAGUUUUGGCAUUUGUAUAUCUGAAGUUUCCAAACAUGAGUCUUGCUGAUAAGGAAAAAUUCAAACUUCCUAAGAAUCUUGAUGAUGCAAAAGAUCUUGGUAGAGUCUUGUCAAACUACAAAGAUGAGUUUUUCCUCCAAGUUGUUCUGGGCUUCAUGGCAACAUAUAUUUUCCUAAAUGCAUUUGCCAUUCCGGGAUCAAUAUUCUUAAGCAUUUUGUCAGGGUUCCUGUUUCCCUUACCUUUAGCAUUAUUUCUAGUCUGUUUGUGCACAAGUGCUGGUUCUUCACUCUGCUACAGUCUUUCUUCAAUAGUUGGAAAAAAAUUGGUACAAAAGUAUUUUCCAGAACGCAUCAAGGAAUGGAAAAAACACGUAGACCAUCAUCGACAGGAUCUGCUGCACUACAUCAUCUUCCUUAGAAUAACACCAUUUUUACCUAACUGGUUCAUAAAUAUCACAUCGCCAGUUUUAGAUGUCGCUCUUUGGCCUUUUUUUCUUGGUACAUUCAUUGGUGUGGCGCCCCCGUCAUUUGGCUACAUCAGUGCUGGAUUUGAACUGUACGAACUCACAACUACGGGUGACGCACUCUCUUUUAAGUCAAUUACCCUUGUGGUUGUUGCAGCUGUUGUUUCACUUUUACCCGUGAUUUUUCGCAAAAAGAUGCAAGAGAAAUUGGAAUAGAUGAUACACUCAUUUGGAAUAGAUUUGCAUUUAUUUAACACAUUUGCAUUGAAUAUUCUAUACUGCAUAAAUUUCGACAUCUUUAAGUAUAAAACUUUUAGAUAAACUCAAUCGCAUCCAUAUAUUUUGUUUGAGAGACUCAUUAAAAUAUGUAAUAUCUUU